AUGUCGUCAUCUACAAAAUCAACCCAACCAAAUAGUUCAACUGAUCAACCAGUAACAAAUGUUAUUCAAGGAUUUAUUGACAAAUGGAGUUCACUUGGCAGUUUGUUUUCUGAAUAUUUCAGUAUCGCUGAACAAAAGAAAGCGCAAUUCUUAGAAUUCAAAAAUUCUUUUCAAAUUGAAGAAACAAAACAAGGGUUGAUGGGAUUUUUAGAAGCAAUGAAUGAUUUGACACCAAUUUCGAAUAUAAAUGCAAUGCAUUUUAUUGAACUAUUUAUGAUAUCUUGUAUAUUUAUAUUUGUAUCCUGGAUUGGAACAAUUAUUGGAUCAACAAUUGCUCCAUUAUUUCUUUCAUUUGUAUUUCUAGAUUUUGGUGCUUUUAUCAUGGCAAUUAUUGUAAUUCCAAUGAUUGCAACACAAUAUUUCAAUGAAGGUGGUCUCACAUCACUUUCAUCUGCAAAAAGACAAAUUGUCGCUGCUACUUUUGUUUUGGAACAAGGAAUUAUUUUGGGAUUUAUUAAUCGGCAACACAACUUCAAUUCUCCAUUACUCUUCAUUACUCAAGCUGUGAGUUUAUUUUCAGAAGAAAACCAAACUGUUUUAUUUUUGCAGGUAGCUUCCUUUGUUGUUCCACUAACUUUAUCCCGCUUCAAUGAUCGUCCAAAAGUAUUUGGAAUUGUAAUUGGAACAACUGUACUUGCUCAAUUAUUGAUUGGUUUAUCAUUUGGACACUUGUCAUUCGGAUAUUUCUUCCUCUCAAUAAUAUACAGUUUUUUCGCGAUAUUUUUCAUUCAAUUCACAAUUAUUUCUCGCCUUCGAAUCGACUUCGAUGAUGUAUUCUUCACAAUGCAUUAUGUAUUCAUUUUGGCAGUUAUCAAAUCACUUGGAUUAAUUUUAUUUGGAUCAACAGAUGGCGAGAAAGAUAUUAAACAAAAACAAAAAUAA